AUGAUCUAAAUCAACCAUUGCCCCUUUUCUUUUGCUUCUUUAUUACUUCUCUGUUGGCUUAUCUUUCGUUUAUGCUACAACUUGAUGUUUAUAACUUCCAGGAAACCAUGAGCAAAUCUCCUACAAGUCCGAAACACGAGACGAACGGUUGUUCUUGCUGUGAAUUUGAUCCCCGGGUGAACUUUUCACAGUUUCUAGAAGAAGCAAGACAGCAUGCAAGAGACAUAAACUUGCGGCGGUCAUCUUCAUAUUCCGAAACAAGAUUAGGGGCUGAGAAAAAAAGCAAGAAAUCAUGGAGAAACUCACUUUUCUCAUGGUGCAAAAUUGACAGAAAGAGCAAGUUCCGUUCGGAUCCUAUCCAUGUUUCUAAUAAACAUUACGGUUCGUGUGGAACCACCAAGGGAAUCGAAACACCGCAUCGAUGUCCAUUGUCGGGGCCGGUCUCAGUCCUUUUCACUCCUGCAAGGAAGAUGGAGAAUGAGGUGUCAUACAUGAGUCUCGACCAGUCUAACAACCCUGAUCAUGUCAACUCCUAUGGACCUGUCUAUUUGGUGACAUAGUGUAUCAAUGAUAGGGUAUAUGAGAUGGGGCAAAAACUGGGGAACUUUGUAACAUUUAAUGAGGUGAGUAAUUGGAUCUAUCAAUAUUCUGAAUCUCAAAUCUGGCACAUACAUGGUGGGACAUUUGACA